AUGUUUUAUUUGAUUCCAAUUACGUUUUUGCUAAUAUCUGCGGUUCUCUGGCAUAUAUAUACAAGAAAGACACCACGGCUGAUCCUACAAGAUGUAAAACCCAUCGAUAGCACUUUUGACUGGAAAUGUACUCCACGAAAGAUUCGACCAUUUGUCGGAAAAAAAACUCACAAUGUCACCAUGGCUAUUCAGAAUAUUGCCAAAGUGCCCGAGGACUGGCUUCUCCUUGAGAACACCUAUCUCGAUGCCACAAACCUCAGAAGAAAGUACUCGAAACAGUACGAAAACCACAUCAUGUUUGCUCACGAUGAUCCUAGAACUACCGCUGCAGUCCGGGAAUUUUACGAAUUGGCCAUUGGGUUCAUGUGCCAGAGGUAUCCUCACUACUUUAUGAAAAAGGGAAACAUUGUCCACAAUAGCAUUAGACAGGAGAACAUUCCCUUUCCAGGUGCUAACAUAGAGCCCAUACAAUUGUUGAACAUCUUGACAUCGACUAUAGAGGAAGAUAUUCUCAUUAUGCUCAAAGACGACCCACUGAACCCAGAAGAAGAGUACAUACUCCGAGCCAAUGUCACUGGAUUUCCCGCCGGAUUCGACCCUGCUCACAAUUUCAACAAGCCAAUUUCGUUCAUUCACGAUCCGGUGCCGCAAUAUAAGACGAAAUUGAAGCUCUCUAUGAAACGGUUUUUCAACAGGUUGGAGCCUACGGACCUUUGGAUGAGGUACAAUUGGUCCGUGCAAACCCACAAGUCACAUUUUAACCUAAACUCGAAUCAUGCCUAUGGAGAAAAAGUAGAACAACUUUCCAUCAACGAUAUCGAUUUUGAUCAAGGUGCUUUUCUUCGAUGUGAAAGACAGGUUUUGACCCGACUUCCAAAGCUGCGUGCAAAUAUAAUGACAGUACGUACUUAUUUGACCCCAUUGAAACAGAUAAAGGAGGAAGGACUUGGAAGAGAGAUGUGCAUUGGAAUUGAUGGUCUUCCAGAAGACCUUGCUUAUUAUAAACGAAGAGACGCAUGGGGCAAAGCCGUUAAAGAGUACAUGAGUUCAUAG